AUGGUUUGGCGGUCCUUGGGCCAAGUUCAUGACUGGGAAAACAAAGCGGCCUUGCUUCACGGCUUCAGUUUGGCAUUACCACAACAGAGGAGGUACUUGGGUAGGACAAAUGAGGAGCCUGCAUCUGCGCUACAACCAGGUAGCCACCGUCUCACGAUUUUUUUCUUGCCCCUUCCCUCCCUUAUCCAUCAACGCAUCGACCAAUCUGCCAUUUUCAAUACACACAAAACACUCAACUUAUCUCUCUCACCACUCUCGCCCCGUCCUAUUUUUACCCUCGACGCAAAAAUGUCCGACGCUCCCAAGCUUCAGAAGAUCUGGCUGAUCUCCAACGACGGUGCCACCUUGGAAGUUGAUCGUAUCGUCUGCGAGCGCUCCAUGCUCAUCAAGAAUAUGCUCGAGGAUAUCGGCGAUGGCGCUAUCCGCGAAGACAACCCUAUUCCUAUUCCCAACGUAAACGAGGCUGUUCUGCGCAAAGUUAUUGAAUGGUGCGAGCACCACCGCAACGAUCCUGCCCAGGCCGCCGACGAUGAGUCGGACGCCCGGAAGAAGACCACCGAUAUCGACGAGUGGGACCAAAAGUUCAUGCAGGUGGACCAAGAGAUGCUCUUUGAGAUCAUUCUCGCCUCCAACUACCUGGAUAUCAAGCCCCUCCUCGACGUUGGCUGCAAGACAGUCGCCAACAUGAUCAAGGGCAAGUCUCCCGAGGAGAUCCGCAAGACCUUCAACAUCACGAACGACUUCACCCCCGAAGAGGAGGAACAGAUCCGCCGUGAGAACGAGUGGGCCGAGGACCGAUAG